CAUAUAUUAUAUUUUGUGUUCACUGUCUUCUAUUUUUUUCCAUUUGUCUUCAGAGCAACAAGAGAUAAGGAGCAACUUUAAUAGCACUUUGAGUAAAACGUACUGGUACUAAGGUACCAAGAAGACAGCAUGGAAGAUAAAAACACAAGUAAAGAUAUUCCUAGCAUAUCGAUUGAGAUGGAAGAUAUUAAGGAAGAAGUAGAAGGAGAAGGAGAGCCUGCUGAUGGUAAACAGGUUCCGGAUGGUGGUAAAGAGGUUGCGGAUGAAGCCAAGAGCUCUAGACACGAUCCUAAUCUGAAUGCUGAUAUUGAAAAAAUAUUUGAGCCAUUGGAAAGGUUUGAUUUGGAAAUGUUCAGGUCGAUGUCGAGUCCCGAGGUUUCAGCACAAGCAUCCUUCCAGUUUGGUGAUUCGUUGGAACCAGAGAUGGCUCAACGAGGCCAGUUUGGUGAACAAGAUUACACCUCACAUCGAAGGAUGUCGCAGCAGUACCAUCACACUUUAAGUCCAUUACUUAGGAAAGCUUCAUCAAAGAGUCUGGGAUCCCAGAGCUCCAAGUUGCUCCAACCUGGCACAGGUUUAUCAAACAGCUCCUCAAAGAAGAGUAUAGCUUCACAGAAGGAGGGCAUGAAGGCAAUUGCUGUUAUUGAGGAAGUGCCUAGCGAAGAGACAGAUGGGGAGACAGAUAGACCUAUACCUAAAUUUACAAUUGGUGGCCCAGAUGAAGAUGAUGAUGUAAAGCCAGAUACAGAUGAGGAAAGGUCACAGCAUCAUAAAGUACACAGCCAUCACCACCAUCACCACCAUCAUCGUCGUCAAGAUGAUAGUUUACGAGUAUGCAUUGGUAGUCAAGUGAAUCUGAAGGGAAUGGAUACAACGGAAAUGAUACCGACAGAAAUGGAUGAGGCAAUCAUGCUCAACAAAGCUGACUUAGAAGACAUGGCCACCCACAGGUUUGAAGAUAUUUCAAGGAAGAGACGACACAAAGUGCAAAGAAGGAGGAGAAGCUCAAUAAUCCACGGAAGCUCUUAUAGUAAAUCAUCCAUCAAAAGUAUGAAAGACAAAUACAAAAAAUAUGAUCAUAGACCACAUGAGGUAUUUGUUGAGUUAGAUGAGCUUCAUAAAGGUGAGGAUAAUGAGAUGCAAUGGAAGGAAAAGGCCCGUUGGAUCAAAUUUGAAGAAGAUGUGGAGGAAGGGGGAGACAGGUGGGGUAAACCUCAUGUCGCAUCGCUUUCAUUUCACAGUCUGUUGGAGCUUCGAAAAGGUCUAGAAAAAGGUUCCUUGAUGUUGGACAUGGAGGAAACGAAACAAUCAGAUAUUUUUCAUCGAAUUGUUGAAAGCAUGAUCACUGCCGACCAGAUAAAGCCAGAGAACAGUGGAGACGUGAUGCGGGCUUUACUGCUAAAGCAUAAACACAUAGCAAGACGGCAGAGUAUAAUGAAGAAUCUCUCGUCUGUGAGUCUUGCCUCUUUGAUGCCCAUGGACAGGCAGUAUCAUUCUGAAGCAAAUUUCAGGCACAUGAAUGAACGUCGUGGUAUUUUAAAGAACAUCUCUUCAUCAAGUCUCACUCAUGGUGACAUGAAAAAGAUCCAAACAGAACCAAAUGACCUGGUCACUGAAGCCAACAGUCAUGUGGAUGAAGCAAAGACACCGAUGCUAAAGACUCUAUCAAUCAGUAUGGAAAACUUGAAUGAGAUUCCUGAAGAGGGUCAAACCGCUGGCCAAUCAUCCAACAAACAUGCUGUACACUUCAAAUUAGGUAAAAAAAGGGUGGAAAAAGACAAGACGGAAGGGAUCAUGAGAAGGAUCGCUAAAGAUGCAGAAGCAACAGCAGUGUUAGUUGGAGAAGUGGACUUCUUAGAUCAGCCUGCGAUGGCAUUUAUCCGUCUUGCCACCGGAACGGUGUUGGAUAAUUUCACAGAAGUUCCAGUACCCGUCCGGUUUAUUUUUGUGUUACUUGGACCCAGUGGAGAUAUGGACUACCUUGAGAUUGGACGAUCUAUCUCAACGCUCAUGUCAAAUGAGCAUUUCCAUGAAAUAGCUUACAAAGCUGAUUGCCGGCAAGACCUUUUGGGCGCUAUAAAUGAAUUUAUUGAUGACAGUAUCGUGCUUCCCCCUGGGGAAUGGGAUAAAGACCUCCUGUUACCGAUUCUACGACAUCAAAAUCGCAAAGUCAAGAAGAGACAGGAAUCUAGAAGGAAGAAAGAAGAAGAAACUGCAAUAGAUUCCGGUGAAGUUGUGCAGCAAAUUGAUCCAUUGGAAAGGACUGGUAUUCUGUUUGGAGGGCUUUUUAAUGACAUUAAGCGCCGGUAUCCAUACUACUUAAGUGAUUUUCGAGAUGCUUUAAAUGUACAGUGUUGUGCAGCCUUCAUCUUCAUUUUCUUUGCCUGUCUAUCACCAGCAAUAACAUUUGGUGGUUUGCUAGGAGAGAAAACUGAUAAUUGGAUGGGUGUAUCUGAGAUGAUCUUUGGGACAGCUAUCUGCGGUGUGGUGUUUUCGCUUUUUUCUGGACAACCUCUUAUGAUCAUUGGUGCUACUGGACCUGUUCUUGUAUUCGAAGAGAAUUUAUAUUCAUUUUGUAAGAGUAGUAAUAUAGAAAACUUGUACCUGGAAUUCCGAGGUUGGAUCGGAAUCUGGAUUCUUAUCAUCACGAUCUUUGUGAUUGCCUUUGAGGGAAGUGUCAUGGUGAGAUUUUUCACUCGAUUCACGGAGGAAAUCUUCGCUCUUCUCAUCUCUCUUAUUUUUAUAUAUGAAGUCUUCAAAAAGCUUAGCAAAAUAUUUUAUUACCAUCCUCUGCUGCCAUUAGAAGAUUACUGUAUGAAUUAUGAAAAUAUGUCCGCUACCGAAGUGCCAUAUUCAACAGAGAUGUAUAGUUCAAACAAUACUACUUUGGCCAGUACUGCUACACCAGAUUGUGAGACAAAUUAUGAAAAGAGAUAUGGUGAGCCAAACACCGCAUUUAUGUCUCUUAUACUCACCUUUGGAACAUUCUUCAUCGCUUAUUUCUUGCGUAUCUUUCGGAAUAGCCGUUUUUUAGGAAAGCAUGGCCGGAAGAUGUUAGGUGAUUUUGGAGUUCCAAUUGGUAUCCUUUUCAUGUGCAUAUUUGAUUAUGUCGUGCCGUAUGUCUACACAGAGAAACUGCAAGUACAUGGUGGGUUUGAGCCAACAGACGCAUGUAAACGCACGUCCUGGUUUGUUAAUCCAAUAGCCCCACUUCAAGAUGGCAGACUUGGUUUAGUGUUCGUUUUAGCAGCUGCAGUACCAGCAGGCCUAGUAUUCAUUUUGCUGUUUAUGGAGGCACUUAUCACCUCGUUGAUUGUAAACAAGAAGGAUAAUAAACUUAAGAAGGGGUCCGGAUAUCACCUGGACAUGUUCCUCAUCGGUUUAUUGGCGUUUGUCUGUUCCAUGCUCGGUCUUCCUUGGAUGACUGCGGCCACUGUACGAUCAGUCACACACAUUGGCAGUGUAUCAACAUUCAGCAAGACAACAGCCCCCGGUGUGAAGCCAAAACUGGAAAAAAUUUAUGAACAGAGAGUGACCAACCUAUUUGUCAACAGUUUGAUUGGUUUGUCUAUUCUACUUGGUCCAUUGCUAAGCCAGGUUCCACUGACAGUGUUGUUUGGUGUCUUCUUGUAUAUGGGAGUCAGUUCAUUGAGUGGAAUACAACUUGUAGAAAGGAUUGAGUGCCUAUUUAUGCCAGUAAAACACCAUCCGGACACCAUGUUUGUACGCCAGGUUAGGACAUGGAGAAUGCAUAUGUACACAAUUAUCCAGGUGAUCUGUUUAUUGGUUCUGUGGGUCAUCAAGGUGACCCCUGCAGCGUUGGCAUUUCCAUUCUUUCUCAUCCUUUUAGUUCCUGUACGUCAUGCCAUCGGACGGAUAUUUACACAUUCUGAACUUGAAGCACUUGAUAAUGAUGAGCAGGAGAUGGCUGAGGAGGAGGAUGAGUAUUGGGAAACUUACAUGCCAAUUUAAUUGAUGCCACUGAUGAAGAAAAUUAUGAUUGUUACAUGCAAGUGAAUCUAUUCCUGUCACUUCAAGCAGUCAAUUCCAACAAAUUAAAAUGGAGUAAUUAUGAUUAUACUUUGGUAAUCACAUUUUAUUGCCAAAGAACAGCUAUUAAGACGUAUAUCCAGUAUUUUUCAAUGGUGCUUUGAAGUUCUGUCCAAAGUUUUAAGUGACAAAUAUCUAACCAUGGUUGUUGUAUGACAUCAUUAUCAUCACGCCGAUGUAUUUCAUAGUGUCUGCGAAUGUUAAUUAAAAAAAAGAUCCAAGGUUUUAAAUAUUAACAUCUUGCAUUCCCCUGACUACUCAUCUUGAUUAAUUGGCUAUUGAUUUUUCGAUUACGUGAAUAUCUGACACCAGUGGUGAAUUCAGCGGUGGCGAGAGGAGCACUCAGCCCUGGCAACACUCGUUAAAUAUCUUUAACUAAGCGUUAAAACAUUACAAGAUUACAAUGGCUAAAACUUCAGGCAGUGCUUCUAUCCUCAUAAUAGUUAAGUACAUGAACACUCCAACCUCCUUGGCUUUGCCACCUUGGGUGCUACUCUGAAAAGCCAUCUUGAUUCAGAGGCGGAUCCAGAGAUUCUCUGACGGGAGGGAGGCACAAUAUAAAGUUUUCGCCGCCACACCCACCUCAGCCCCACCAAUAAGUGGUAAAUAAUCGAGCCUUACUUUCGCCCACUGCUGUAUCGCUGAACUCAUGGGUGCACUCCCUUUUUAGCUCUUCCUCUCUUUAACUCAAAUUUGUCACCCUCUUUUUUAUUUUUCGGCUUGACUGACAGGGGGGCACGGGCCCUCAUGGCUGCUGCCCCCCCCCCCCCCCCCUGGAUCCGCCCCUGUGAUUCGUUAUUAAGAUUUUUUCUUUUUUCUGUCCUGACAAAUAGAAAUGAAAUAUUGAAUCACAACGGCUUGGGGUAUCAGUUUCUAUGGAAUUAUCUCAUAAUAUGUCAUUGAUACUGUGAAAAUAUCAGGCCACUAAUUAUAUCAUUUACUGUACUUGUAUUAAAGAGAAUUUACAGAGAUUUUAUAUGAGUUUUAUUCUUAGUUUAUGUAGGAAAUCAAUAGUUCCAAGUUUAGUUUAUUUAUUUAUUAUUUCUAGUAAGUGCCUUGAGAUGCUAUUUGUUGUUGAAGGUGCUAUGAAAGCAUAUAACCAAUUACCAUUGUACACAGAUAAACAGAAGUUUUUUGCACUCUGUUUUAUUUACUUUGUCCGAAUGAUCAUUCAUAUAAGUUUUUUUUUGUACAUUUUUUACAUGAAAUAUUAUGUUUAAUGUUUUAUUCAUCAAUUUAAAUUCAUCAAAUGUAAAGUACUUGUAGAUAAUGACUAAGAGAGAGAGAGAGAGAAAAUAUAAAUAAUUAUUGUUUAUAAUAGAAUAUAUUGUAUACAUAUAUAUAUAUAUAUAUAUUUUCUUCUAUAUGAGUGUUAAUUAUUAAAAUUUAGAACCUCCUGUAUUCUUCCAUUGUCAGUGACAGAAUGCAAACAUUCCGAUCCUCUGCACAUGAUUUUAAUGAGAGUAGACAGCUGCGAAUUAUUUUUAAGUCUUUAACAGAUUUCAUCUUGGACAUGAUAAAGGAAGUUAUAAUGUUGUUUUAUUAAUAUAGGGCAUCACUUUUUCUCACUAGAGUACAAAGCAUACUUAUUUCCGAGACUUCUCCCUCCUCCCGAAAUAGAUACAUAGUAAAUUACUAUUGCGUGUAAAAGGUCAGCAGACCUUGUGACAUGUCAUCAAAGCCCCACAGAGAGCAGAGACAGAUUUGUUGCCCAGCGGUCUUACAAUAGAGUGUGGGCUCGACUUUAAAGCCCAUUUAUGAUUAUCAGUAUUGACAUUAUCAUGGCCAGUGUAUUCUCUGAGACAACUCAAAUUCUUUUAUUGUGUUUAAUGUUCCAUAAAGAAUUAUGGAUCUUAACUCAAUGGGGUCAACUAAUAUAUACUGGCAUGUACCUAUAUGGUACAGUAUUAUAUUUCAGUUUCAUAUAUAGGAUAGGAAUUCUCACAAAAGUCUGGUUGUUGCUAUUAUUAUUACCAAUAAUGAUUUUUAUAUUUUAAUUAUUAUUAGUUAUUAUAGGUAUAAUAUUUUUAUGUUUAUAAUUAAGCGAGACUUUUUUAAUUCCUCAUUUUGCAUACUUAAAUUUUUUUUAAGAGGUCGGAAUAAAAAUAGAAAUGAAAAUUUUGUUGUCUUAUUUAGCAAAUAUUUUUGCCAAAAACAUCCCAACGGAGGAGAAAAUAAAAAUUAAAUUUUAUUGGUGAAUUUAAAAUAGAAUGGUUAAAUGGUUCAUAUUGAUAUAGAAAUAUACAUAUCUUAUCUUUGGUGGUUUCAAGGCAUCGGAGGGCAUGAUAAAAAUAAAGAAAAACUUUAAAUUUUUUCUGAAAUUACCACUUUUUCGUGGCAGCGGGUGUGCUAAUUGGCCAAAAAUAAACUUUUACAGGUAGUUUUAUUUGAAAUCAUCAAUAUUUGCAGUUGACGGGUUCGCUAUUAAAACAAGGUGUAAAAAAGUCUCGACUUUAGUUACAUUCCUUAACAGUCACUUGUUAGUCAUUAUUAUUAUUAUAUUUUUGCAUUAUAUUAUUGUAUUAAUAUUGUAUUGUUAUUAUUAAUAAUAUUACAGUAUUAUUAUUAUGUUAUUAUUAUAUUAUCAUUAAUAUUAUUAUUAUUAUUAUCAAUUUAAUGUUAAUUAGCAACAUUCCUUAAUAUUAUAGCUACCAUUUUUUAUUAUUGUUAGUAUAGUUAUUUUCCCCACAUUUAACAUUGACUUUCUUUCUUAAUAUAAUUUUUUUUAUUUUCUUUUUGUCAUUACUAUACUAUGUUUCAUACUGUAAUCUUGUUUGUAUAUAUUAUAAUUCCCUCUAAACAAAAGGUCUUUAAGUAGUAGCAGAGAACCAAAGAAUAUCGUCAUAUGGUACCCAGUGGGCUCCAAUGUUUGCAUCUGUUUUAAGAAAAACUGUUAUUGUUAUUGUUUUCAAAUUGAUAUUGGAAUUAUAGCUUUAUAUUUGUCAUGCGUAGUUUCACAGAUUGUGAACAUUUUUGAUGCAAUAUUUCUAUUGAAUACAGUAAUAAAGGUUGUGAAAUUUUAA